AUGGUUUCCCAAGCCACCACCAGGGCCACACCCUCAGAUUACCGCGGCGAGCUUGUCGAGGGGGUCAAAUACGACGGGCGCAACCACCUGCUUUUGUGGGUCGACAUCAAACGGGGCGAAAUCCACCGGUGUCUCCUCGACCCCGACGAGGACUACAAACUCAAUUGGCUGGCCCACGAGGUGAUCACGCUCCGUGACCCGAACGAUAGUGUUGGUUUCAUCGGUCUUACUACGAGUGUUGAUACCGUGGUGGCUUGUUGCAAGUACGGCGUCGGAGUGGCCAAUUUCCUUACCGGUACCUUUGACUACCGGUUUAAGUACCCGCACGACCAGACCCGGUUGCGGAGUAAUGAUGGAGUAAUCGAUGCUCAAGGGAACUUGUGGAUCGGGACGAUGACUGAUUUCCCCUAUGAGGACCUGAUGACUGAUGAAGGCCGAGUAUAUCGCAUUACUCCUCAUUUUGAUAAGUGCGAUGUGGUAGUGCCCAAUAUCAAGAUCCCCAAUGGAAUGGCGGUCAAAGAUAAUAAGUUAUUCGUUACCGAUCUGAAACAGUUCCGUAUGGUCACCUAUGACUUGCUGGAAACAUCAACAUCCACCCCUCCAAAGCCACAAGUGUUCUUUGACUUCUCACUGAAGUAUCCGGGAGGAGAGCCCGAUGGCAUGGCCUAUGACGAGCUGGGGCUUUAUAGUGCGGUGUGGGGACACGGAAAAGUUGCUCACUAUUCGUGGCAAGGCCAAUUCAUCGAGGAUUUCGAUAUCCCGUCUCCUUUAACCACCUGUGUUGGUGGCCAAGGGUACGUGACCACGGCCCACCCCACGCUUGCCGGUAAAGCUGAUGAUGGCCAGGGAGGUAGUAUUUUCCAUAUUCCUCGUGUCAUCAACCAGCAAUUGCAUUACUGGCACAUAUAG